AUGGUCAACAUAAUAGCGCGUGCGCGGAAACUGCAACAGCUGCUGUGGAUAAGAUGCGGGCCUGGCGCAUUGGUGCUGCCCAAGGAGGUGUCGAAGAUUAGCAUGGAGUUCAACACCAAGAUUUACGGCGGACACAGAGGCGCGAGGAAAUUCUGGCGCGAAAUGCUGCCGCGAAUGAAAUACCGCAACCCCUCCAUCCCCAUUGAGAUAUCGCGCCACACCUCCCCGGACGGCCCGGCCCUGCUGCACAUCUACACAAAGUCGACGCCCAACACCCCAGACGGCUCCGCAAACACAUCCGUGCCCUCGCUGCACACGCAGUCGGGCACGGCCGAGACGCCGCCCUCGAGCACGCCCAACGCGCGCAACACGCUGGUCCCGGACGCGACGGCGCCAACGCACACGAUCAACAUUCGCGACCAGGCGCCAAGCGAGAUCCUCGACGAGCUGCUGGCCAAGCUGCCGGAGAGCGUCGUCGUCCGCGCUACGCCCGAGGAGGAGCAGCAGAUGGCUGAGAUGGCCGAGUUCCGCGAGAGGAGCGAGGCGGAUCGCGUGCUGGUGCGCGAGAGGCUGAUGAAGGAGCGGAGGGAGGCCGAGUUGCUGCGCAUGGCGAGGGGUGAGACGGCUACGGCUGCUUAG